AUGGCUGAUAGAUUCGUUUUGCUUACAGAUACAGACGUAGAAAAAUUUAUCGACAUUGAAGAAAACAGAAACACAGAAAGAAAAACCGAAGGGGACUUGAGUUUGGUUAUGGUGUUUCUCGCGAGGGAGAAAGAGAAUCGAAAAAUUGAAGAUCUGCCACCGGCCGAAUUAGAUACCUACCUGAGCAGAUUUCUGCUAUCGGAACGGAAAAAGUCUGGCGAAGAGUACAAACCAGCAACUCUUAAAGGAAUCAUUUCUUCGGUUGAACGCUAUCUGAAAAAACGGGGCUACAGCGACUCAAUAAUCACGGGUCAACCGUUCGCCAAAACGCGAGAUGCAUUGAAGUCAAAACAGAAACAGCUGAAAUGGCUUGGCAAAGGAAAUAAACCAAAAGAUGCAGCUAGUUUCGACCAAGAGGAGAUUGAUCUACUUUUCAGGAAUGGAGUCAUGGGAAUUCAUACGCCUCAAGCACUCAUUAACACGCUGUGGUUCAACAACUGUUUACACUUCAACAUAAGAGGAGGAAAAGCGCAUCGCAACCUGAGAUGGGGAGAUGUUGUCUUCAAAACCGACUGUAAUGGUAAAGGAUAUCUUGAAUACUCAGCUGAAAGACAAAAAAGAACAAGACCUGGCGAUAAUUCACUAGACAGAAGACAAAUCAAGCCUCAAAUCUACGAGAACCUUACAGUGCCCAACGAGCGAAAUCCCGUUUCAGCAUUCAAAUUGUACAUGACUAAACGGCCAAAGGAAACUCUCGUCGAUGGGUCGCCAUUCUACCUAACGAUAAACCAUCUUAGCAAAGAAAAGUUGGCCUUAUCAGGUGCGAAAUGGUUCAAGUCUCAACCUAUGGGAGCGAACAAACUAAAUACUUUGAUGAGAGAAUGUGCGAAGGCAGCUGGUCUUGACACAAAUAAGCAAAUCACCAACCAUAAUGCAAAGGAAACGCUUUGUCUAGAUAACUGGCCAAAAGAAUCCUCAGUCUAUCAGUAACUACAGCUUAUUGGGAGAAAAGUAGCAAAUGGCAAAUUCAACCCUCCUGUCGACAACAUGUUCAAGCACUUCUGUCUCGCAGCAGCUUCAAUCGCAAACAGUGCCGCAGCCGGUGAUACAACAAGAAUUUUCUGGCAGCUUCCACCAGUACGAUGGUCAAGGAAAGUCCAUAAAGGAAGAAAAAGUUUCGGAGACUGCAAGUGUUGGACAGUCAGGAAAGCAGCUAAGAACUUUUGUGGUUUAUAGUUAAAACAGAUAACUGAUCAUUUUUUGAGUUAAA